AUGUACCCUUUUAAGGUGGAAUGGAGUGUACCACAGAAAUGUCUCAAGCAGCAGUCGGGCUUGGAACAGAUGUUAAUCCUCCCACUUACCAAACAAAGUGACAACAAGGGCGGCAAAUUUGGGCCUAGUGACUGCGUCGAGACGAGCUUGUUCGAUGAACUGCAGACAUGUAAGGAAGGCGCUGCACUAGGGAGACCCAGCUUGGACGGGACUGAAGCACUGGCGGCAAUGUCAAGCAGCGUAAGAGCAAGGGGCUUGAGCCACCAAGCUCAGAGAGAUGGGAUAGCUGACCGUGGUAUCGAGCAAAUUGCAAAGCGACAGGCUAAGCGGUGCUUGCCUGGUGGAACCAUUCGGGAUCGACAAGUGAAACAAUCUGACGGAGCCAACUUGAACCGCCCCGCCAACUAUCAAAACAUGCCUUCAUGCAUCGAGGGACGCGAGGGGUAUGGCUUGGACAUCGCUGCCUCGCCAGGUUGCCAGAGGAGGAACGCGCCACGAAAAAAAAAUUGGUUUCAAGAAAUGGGACUGCAAACAAAAAUCAAAAAUCGUGGACGAUUCGUGAAUCGUUCUGCUCGCUUAAGCGACCGCGGCGGCGAGAAACUCAGCUCCUCGCGUUGUUGGCAAUUCAACACGAUUUUGAGAGCAACUGUGAACCACGCACGACGAACAAUCACAAUUGUGAGCUUACGACAAAGCCACAAUCACAAUGCGCCGCUUGAUGCAGAUCGCCUUGAAGGAGCAGCUAAGGGAAGCAAUCUCCUGUCGCCUCCAACAGAGACUGCAUCCGUCCAAUUCCUGGACGUGGCCAAGCAAGGCGACAAGAAAAUCGAUCGCAUUGUCAAUCGUGUCCAGUUCUGA